AUGUGCAAGUUCACCACUGAGCAAAGAAGUCUCUACCGUGUCAACGACUCUGUCCGAGCCAGCCCCGGCUACUUUUCCGUCGACCUCUCCAACAGUGUCCGGGCCGAGAUGACGGCCAGCGAGCACACGACCCUAUUCCGGUUCUCUUUCUCACCAAAUGAGACUGUAACGUAUGAGGAUGUGGCCAACAAGGACACCAUCACCGCCGUGAGCAAUCCGCUGAUUAUGAUUGAUCUCACCGACAUCGCCCAGAGCAGGUCCAGUGGCGGCAUUCAAGUCUAUGAAGAUGGUCGCAUCAUAGGAGACGGCACGUUCAGGCCUUCGUUUGGGCAAGGCACAUACUCAGCAUUUUUCUGCGCCGAUUUCCGAGGUGCCACCAUACGAAAGUCGGGUGUUUUUGAAGGCGAGAACGCCCACGAGGACCAGAAGCACCUCUCGGAGUUCACAAGGGGCUUUUACAACCCGACGGGUGCCGCCGGCGCGUGGCUACAUUUUGAGCGCCCCAAGAAGAGGCAAAUCCUCGCCCGCAUCGGCCUGUCCUUCAUCUCCGUGGAAAAGGCCUGCAAGAAUGCGGAAGCCGAGAUUCCAAAGUUUGACUUUGACGGAACCGUGAAAGCCGCCAGAUCCAUCUGGGCAGAGAAGCUCUCCACCAUCGAGGUCGACCCCACAGGCGUCAGUAAAGACAUGCAGAUCACGUUCUGGUCUGGACUCUACAGAAGCAUGCUCUCUCCUCAGAACUACACCGGCGAGAACCCGCUCUGGGAGUCGAAGGAACCUUACUUUGACUCCUUUUACUGCAUAUGGGACUCAUUUCGUGCCCAGCACCCCCUGCUCACAAUCAUCGACCCGGUCGCGCAAACUGAGAUGGUCAGAGCAUUGGUGGAUAUUUACAGAUUUGUUGGCAAGCUGCCCGAUUGUAGAAUGUCAUUCUGCAAAGGAUACAGUCAGGGCGGCUCUAAUGCCGACAUCGUCAUUGCUGACGCCUAUCUGAAGAACAUCAGUGACGGUGUGGACUGGAAGACGGCGUACGAGGCAGUGGUCUCCGAUGCCGAGAUUGCACCGCAAAACUUUGGCGUUGAAGGCCGCGGAAACCUCGAGAGUUGGUUUGGAUUAGGGUACAUCGCUAAGGAUCAUAUGGACAAGAUCUCCAGCGGACCAAACAGCCGCUCGAUAUCGCGAACCGUUGAAUACGCGUAUGACGACUUUUGCAUAGCAGAGAUGGCAAAGGGGCUCGGCUUCGACGACGAUUAUGAGAAGUACAUGCAACGCAGCGCCAACUGGCAGAACCUAUGGAAUCCCGAUCAGGUGGACCUUAUCCAGAACAAGGACGGCAAGGCAAUCGACCGGACAAAAUACAAGGGAUUCCUGAUGCCACGACUGAUUAACGGCUCGUUUGAAUACCAAAACACCCGCAUCUGCUCACCGAACACUGAGCAGCACCUUUGCUACUUUGACACAUGGCAGUCAACGUACGAGGGUUCCCCAUGGCUGUAUUCGUUCUUCGCGCCGCAGGACCACGACACGCUGAUGGAGCUCAUGGGCGGUCGGGGCGCGUUCGUCGACCGGCUGGAGUACUACCACGGCGGUAACAUCGUCUACAUGGGGAACGAACAGGGCUUCCUGACCGUUUUCCAGUUCCACUACGCCGGCCGGCCCGGGCUUAGCUCCCGCACCGCCCGGAGCUACAUCCCGUCCCAGUUCAACGCCAGCAUCAACGGGAUCCCCGGCAACGACGACUGCGCCAUGGGUGCCUUCAGCGGUCUAGCCAUGAUGGGAUUCUUCCCUGUCGCGGGGCAAGACGUGUACCUGCUCAUCCCGCCCUUCUUCCCCGAGGUCCGGAUCAAAUCGCGGGGUGCCAAGCCCGCCGUUAUCCGAAAGGUGGCCGCGAACGCCAAAGAGCUGGCCGAGGGCAUAUACAUCCAGAGCGCGACGCUGGACGGGGAGCCGUACACGAAGAACUGGAUCACUCACGACUUCUUCUACCACGGCGGGGUCCUGGAGUUCACGGUGGGUUCGACAGAAAGCAACUGGGGCACCAAGCAUUCAGACGAGCCACCAAGUUACCCGUCAUCGCCAGAAAAGGUCGCUCCGACGCGCACUCAGAGCAAGAAGACGGGGGACAAGUAG